AUGGCCCUUUCCCCCGAGCUGACUGGCCUUAUCGUGUCAUAUAUCACUGCUCCUCCUUUGAAUCCCCGUGAUCAGCGACGAGCCCAAUCUUACCUUUCACAAUAUGCCACGGUGAACUGUGUCUGGCAAGAGAUCAUUGAGAAGCGUACCUUCUCUACACUUUGCCUUGGUACCGCCAAGCGGCUAGAUGAAUUCCGACGAUUGAAUUUAGACUCGCGGAGGAAGUCUUAUAUCCAGAGAAUCGAUCUAAUCGUGGAACUAGAGCUCUAUGACGUGGAUGCGCGUUCUAGGUUCGAGACGGAUCAGGAGCAUCAGAGAAAUAACAUGCUCUUCACUCAAGCCAUCCAAUCUUUACUCCAAGUUCUAUCAUUAUGGCCAAACAACACACGGGGUAUUGAAUUGUCCAUCACAGCCCAGUCACCUAGCGAUAUGAGCGCUAUCCCAGAUCAGAGAGAACGUCGAAUGCGAAUAAAAGCAGCCCGUUUUGAUCGCACAGAGGACCUCCUGAAUCGAAGAUUCGAAAAAUCUUAUCUCCAAUUGGAUGAGAGUUUUAAAAGUUUGAGCGUCCCUCUUAUCAGUUCUCUUAAUGUCGACGGAUUGUCUUGGAACGGUCGUGUAAUACAACCGGCCUCGUGUGCUCGUCUUGCAUCAAAUUUGCCUUGUUUGCGUUCAGUUACUCUUGCUCUGAGCGAUGUCUGCAAACGAGAUAAACCUUUACGGAAACGCAACCGUAAUGUCUCCUUUUCCGCGGAAUUCAGGCCAGUCACACCGUCCGGAGACUGGCUUUUUGAACGGGACCCUAACGAGCUAAACUCUGAUAAAAUCGAUUCGGAAGACUCUGAUCCAGAAGGAGAGUCACCGGACUACGUGAGAACAGCCCCCGAGGACCGUUCUGGUGGCCAUAUUCGGUCCAAAAUUAUACCAGCAUUCUUCAACGAACUUUACCGUUCUGCUGGUCAGGCGGCGCUAAGAAUGCCCCGUCUAAAGUACAUGAGUCUGCAGACCACCAGAUGCGGUUUUGGAGGCCACCGGUUCCGAUACGAAAUUAAGAAUGGGGUCGCGAAGGUCACUUGGGCCGAUGUGCAUGUGUUCCACCCGGAGGAUAAUAUCUUGCAAAUCUGGAAGGAUGUUGCUUCUCGACAUACUGGAAAUGAUCUUGAGGUUAAGAUCGCAGACCUAUCGUGA